AUGACCAAGCAAGAUAUCUUGAAAAAUACCUUAGCCUUCUACUCUCCAGGCAAUGACUUCUCCAAAGCGGGGGUUAAGCCUGUCAGAGACCAGGUCGAUGCCAGUCAGCCCAUUCCUGCUGCAGAAAACACGUCCUCCUCUAUCUUGCCCUGCGAGAAGUUGAAGAUUGUGGAUGGCAAUUUCGUGGAUUCUCUGGGACGCAAGAGGGUCCUCAAAGGUAUCAAUGUGGACAACAGCAUGAAGCUUCCCGUGACGCCUUUUCUGCCAAGCUACAAGGGAAACGCUCUGGAGGCCGACAAUGUGUUUUUUGAAGGCGACAAGGUCAGUUUCGUUGGCAGGCCUUUCCCCUUAGAGGAAGCUGAGGAGCACUGGAGAAGAAUCAAGAGCUGGGGCUACAACACCGUUCGUUAUGUGCUCACCUGGGAAGCAAUUGAGCACGAGGGUCCCGGAAAGUACGACGACGAUUUCGUCAACUACACAAUUGAGAUGCUCAAGAUCGUCCACAAGGUGGGUGGAAUCUAUGUCUUCUUGGAGAGCCACCAGGACGUGUGGUCUCGUUAUUCCGGUGGAUCUGGUGCACCAUUGUGGACCUUCUACGCUGCUGGUCUUCAGCCUACCAAUUUUUCAGCUACUGAAGCCGCCAUCUGCCAUAACGAUGCCCGUUUCGAGGAACCCACCAACCCAGACUUCUACCCUAGAAUGUUCUGGCCCACCAACUACAGCCGUUUGGCCAACCAGGUCAUGUUCACCAUGUUCUUUGCCGGAAAAACCUACUUUCCUCACCUCCAGGUCGACGGUGUGGACAUCCAGACGUUCCUCCAGGGUCACCACCAGGACGCUUUGACCUACUUGUCGAAGAAGGUGGCUGAGGCGCUUCCAGAGUUGGUAAAUGACGGCACCAUUUUGGGAUUUGAGUCGUUGAACGAACCCCACAUGGGCCUUCUUGGUAUUCCAGACUUGGGUGUGAUUCCCAAGGAACAGAGCAUCCGUUUGGGCACCACUCCAACCUUCUUCCAGAGCGUGAUCUUGGGUAUGGGUCUUCCUGCCGAGGUGGACAACUACACCAUCACGCUUUCUGGUCCUGUCAAGCAGGGUACUCUGAUUGUGGACCCCAAGGGUAAGAGAGCCUGGCUUACUGCGGAAGAAGCAGCCAAGUAUGACGCCCACUACGGCUGGAAACGUUCGGGCUGGACCCCUGGCGAGUGUAUCUUUUCUGAUUUGAAGAUCUGGGAGUGGUCCAAGUCUGUGGAUUUGAAGGACGUCUACAGCAAGUCUUUGGAGGAGAGACUUGAGUUUGGAAAGAGCCAGUGCAAGUUGCUUGAACCUUCUUACUUCAACGACGCCUCCAAGAUUUCCUCGUACCUUGGUGACAGAAAGCCUCCAAGGACUUCAACAUGGAGUUCUUCCUUGCAAACUUUUUCGGAGAUCAACAAGGACUUCUUCAUGCUUAUCCAGCCACCUAUUUUCACACCUCCACCUGACCUUAGAGGGGACAAAAGAGAGGUUAUUGACGAUCGGACCGUUUACGCUCCUCACUACUACGACACAAUGACCCUUUUGUUGAAGACCUGGAACGAGCACUUCAAUGCUGAUUCUUUGGGAAUCAGCAGAGGUCAAUAUGCUCAUCCAUCUUUGGGUGUCGUUGUGGGAGAAAAGGCAAUCCGGAACUGUUUCAAGAAGCAGCUCAACUUUAUUGUUGAAGAGGGCAAGGAGAGAUUGGGCAACAUUCCAGCUCUCAUGUCCGAAACCGGUAUUCCUUUCGAUAUGGACAGAAAGCAGGCCUACAAAGACAACAAGUAUACUUCCCAAACUGCCGCCUUGGAUACACUUGCCAACGCUUUGGAGAACCUGGAGUUGAACUACACCUACUGGUCGUACUGUGCUAUCAACAGUCAUGAAUACGGAGAUUACUGGAACAACGAGGAUUUCGCUUUCUGGUCUCCAGAAGACCAAGGUAAGAAUUUUGCUCAGGGAGAUUCUGUCGAGGAGCGUAUCAAGAACUGUUAUCCUUCUCAAGACGGUGUUCGUGCUCCUAGUGCUGUUCUUAGACCAUUUUUGGCAACCCACAAGGGUAAAGUGAAGGCUGUGGAAUUCGACAUCAAGAAAUCGAAAUACUCGCUUACUAUCGAUGUCAGCGGCCAAUCUGGCUUGUCCAAGGCUCCAACCGUCAUUUACGUUCCAAAAUGGCAUUUCCCAGAUUUGUCUUACAAUGACAUUUACGCUACUUCUGGAGAGUUCAAGUACAACGACAAGCUCGAGUACUUGGAAUGGUACCACCCUGAGGGAUCUGGCGAGGAGACUAUCGUGAUUCAAAAGUAUGCUGGUAAGAAGGAGGAUGUCACAAAGAGAGAAGAGAGCCAUGCUUUCUGCACAAUCGUUUAG